GGACAUUGUAAUUAUAAUUGAAACUUUUGCUGACUUCCUCUAUGUUUUCUCACGUCGCAAUACUCUUGUCUGAGAGUAGGAGAAUGAUUAGUAAUACUGCGUGGUGUCCGUGUCUAGUGUAGUUGUGCUAUGUGUCGUGUUAUGAAGGGCAACGACAUAGAGGGGACUUAGGGGGCCUGAACCUCCAUCCUUAGCCCUGGUUGUCUGUCUGCUGUCGUUAGUGUUUGUGUGCGUUUGUGUAUUUGGGGACUGGGAGGGACGAAAGAAACCUGUCCUGGCCACUGAGCGCCUCUGUCACUCUGCGGGACGCCUUAACUUCAUGGACUGUAAGGCGGAUGUCAUACCCCGGGGCCGCUGCAACACGUGGCCCCCGCCCCUUCAGGAUGACUUAUCCUCCUCACACUUCUUUCCCCCCGUGUCUCUCGCCUCCCACCACCCUGGCCAGCAGCAGCCAGUGGUGGGUGAGAGCGGCGGGUGCCCCAUGGACCCUCAGACUGCCGCGGUGCCUCCUAACGGCAACGCCAAGAAAGGCGUCAGCACUCGCAGGAAUGCUUGGGGCGGCAUGAGCUAUGCCGAUCUCAUCACGGCAGCGAUCUCGUCAACACCAGACGGGCGCCUCACCCUCGCUCAGAUCUACGACUGGGUGGUGGCCAACAUCCCUUACUUCAAAGACAAGGGCGACUCCAACUCCUCCGCCGGCUGGAAGGUAGGUAUGCCCCUGUCUCGGCGACGCGUGCUGCUCGCCGCCUCAAAGCAACGGAAUCACUAUGCACGCACCAAGGAGUCAGGGAGGUUAGGUUAUCACGAUCCACAAGUCAGUCCCUUCUUGUUUUGUCUUUAUUUAAGUCACACGACUGAGGCUUGCAGCUCUUGCGUCCACUGAUAGACAACAUAACACGAAAACACUUAGGCUCAUUAUUCGUAUUCUCGAGAGUUGCCUAAAAAAAAAAUCAUACAAAAAUGCAACAUCUGGAAGUAUAGUUAAUCCUCCGUGUAUCCGUUAUAACCAUGCUAUUUGAUGUUGAAGACUCAGCACUGUCCGGGUUAAGGGGGGUGACGGACUGUCCGUGACCGCUACCGGCGGGCGGCAGGCGGCCAGCUUCAUCCCAUCCCAAGCAGGGUGUCCGUCGCGGCGCUACAGCUUUGUCACGGCGAGCAGCUCCCCCGCGCGAGAUACCUAGGAAACACUACAAUGAUUUGCGUUCCCGAAAUAUGAUUAGAUUCACUCAUUUUACCUGCAAAGUAUAUA